GAUUUGAAUCGUAUUUUGUCAGUAUGAAAGCAGCCAGUGACAUUUAUGAAAAAGGAGUAUAUAAAUCUAGAGUUAUAAGAAAAUGUUCAUCAUAUUGGUUAAACCAUGGUACACUGCCAAAAUCAUUACAAGAACAAAUGGCAAUAAAGUAA